CAUCCGCUCGUUGUGGGAAUUCAGGCGUUGGGAGCAAGUGGGCUUGCUACGACUGCGACUUCUAUAAAUGGUGGACGGAUGAGGUGAGUGAGCUGUUCGCUCGCGAGGGAGGAGGGUUGCCCUUCCCGGAUUAUGUGACGUUGAGUCUUGGUUCAAUUCUAUGAGUGAACCUUGCAUCGCGAUUUCUCCAAGCAUCUCACUCCUCUGCUCAUCGAGAGAUAACGAACACACGCUCUUCAACCCGAACCUACACCACGUUCACUCGCUCCGAACCAAUUCCAGACGGAAGCAUGGGCCCCGCCCUCCCAGGCAGUCAAGCCGCCCCUCUCCCUUCCAACCUCCCCUUCCGCAUCAUCAGCAAAAAUAUCGGGACGGGCGCAUAUGCUUUCAUUCGCAAAGCUACCCCGCUCCAUGCCUCGCACCCCGUCAUCGCCAUCAAAUUCAUCAACAAGGCCCACGCCUUCACCCACGGCCGCCUCACCCCUGUUCAACUCGAAAGGGAAAUUACCCUGCACAAGCACCUCGGCCGCCACCCAAACAUCAUCCUCUGCUUCGCUGCCGGCUCCGAUGCCGCCUGGACAUGGCUUGCCUUAGAGCUUGCGGACGGCGGCGACCUCUUCGAUAAAAUCGAGCCUGAUGUUGGGGUCGGGGAGGACAUUGCACAUUUCUACUUCUGGCAGCUGAUAAAUGCGGUGGGGUUCAUGCACUCCAAGGGAAUUGCCCAUCGAGACAUCAAGCCGGAGAAUGUGCUGCUGAGCGGAGAGGGGAAUCUCAAGGUCGCUGAUUUUGGGCUUGCGACGCUGUUCGAGAAGGACGGGCAGAAACGCCUGUGUCACAGCGUGUGCGGCAGUCCGCCGUAUAUUGCGCCCGAGGUGGUGAAGGGGAGGAGAAGUAAACGUCCAGACUUACUGGAUCCGGGGGAGGGGUAUGCGGCCAAUAUCUGCGACAUCUGGAGUUGUGGUGUCGUUCUCUUUGUGCUCCUGGUGGGAAACACGCCCUGGGAUGAACCUACCAUGCGCAGCGAGGAGUUCAAGGAGUUCGUGGAGAAGGGCAAGGACACAACGGAUGAGCUUUGGAAACAGAUUCCCGACGGGGCGAUGGACCUGUUGCUGGGCAUGUUGACGCUCGAGCCCGCCCAACGAUACACGAUUGACAGAAUCAAUGCGCAUCCCUGGUUCAACAGAAAGAACAGAUACCUCAGCCCCAGUGGGCGGAGCACUAACCCAAUCGGUUUGGCAGCGGAAAUGCUUUCCCAGCUGCGCAUCGAUUUUUCAAAGGUCCCCACGGCGUCACAGCGGCAGUCUCAACCCUCCCAACUUCAGGAGGCAGAUGCGAUGGAGCUCGAUUCCUCCUCCUCCCCCAGGCGCUCCAUGGCUUCUCCCCCCAUGCCUCCUCUGGUCACGGCCAACCAACCCAUCACUCCUUUCGAACCUCCCACUGGCAACGCACCCGUCUUUGACUGGCCCGCGCCCUCCCAACAGCGUACAUACCAAACCUUCUCCACACUGCCCGCCUCCACGCAAGAAGCCCUCUCCCAAGACCCCUCUCUGUCGCAGUUCAGCCAGCAGAAGCCGUCCAUAGAGGAGUACAUGACCCUCACGCAGGCAGCGCGGCAGUUCCGCGACGUCUUGCCCGCGAGCAGCUUUGCGCGGUUCUUGAGUCCGUUAGAAGUGGCCGAGUUGGUUAGGGGGUUUGCACGGGCAUUGAGCGCGCUGGGUGUGGCGUGGGAGGUGAAGGGCAGUAAGGCUGGGCUCCAGGAAGGAGGUGAGGAGGUGGGAGAAGGGAUGGAUCUGGACAUGGAUAUGGAUAUGGGUAUGGAUGCAGAUGAUGCGAAUGCCGCGGCCGCGGUGCCGGAGCUCACGCACUCGUCCUCCACUGUGCCCACAUCAUCAUCAUCAUCCCCAUCCGAACCCCUCUCGCAACUCGCGCAGCUGAAUCCGGACAUGUCGGCCGCGACGCUGCGUAUCCGCCUGCAUGAUUCCCGCCGCCAGGCGCUCAGUGGACACGUCGUUGUGGAGCGCGUGUGUGUGGGGGCGGAUGUGUGGAGUUCGGAGGUCAGGUUCGUCAAGGGGGUGGGGGAUCCGUUGGAGUGGAGAAGGUUCUUUAGGAACGUGGUUGUUUGGUUGGGGGAGAGGGUUGUGCUGAGGCCCGGGCGGUAGGGGGAGAUUAUGGGGAUAUCCCUCGGAGGGAGCGGGAGAAGGGGAGAGAGGGAGGAGAGAAGAUGGGAGCGGGCGCGUGGACAGGGGGAAUGAGAGGUGAGAUGAGAGAUGAAGUGCAACGACAAGAGGAGGGGAGGGGAGGCGAGUUUUGCAGCCAGCAACGAGAUUUAUGAGAUUCGAAGACUUGAGUUUUGAGUUUUUACCGAGUUUGACUUUCUAGCUGUAAUGAAGGAAGAACAGUCGGACAAGAAGAAUUGCGUAUUCCAAUUAUUCCUCCUGCCGGUUUUGUUCGUUUAUACCCCGACUGCUAGCGAUUUAGUUUAUUGUAUCCUAUUUUGUGCGCCGCAGUCUUCUAACGUCUGUCUGCCUUCUCUGAAUACUAAAC